UGGUUAAAUAUAGCACGCGCGAGCUCAGCUCCUCAACAAAGUCAUUGCUCUGACAGUGUUGUGAAGGGAGCAGAAGACAGAAACCUAAUCUCAGAACUCAACAACACCUAGCAACAGUUGAAAAAACUUUUAAACAAAAGUCUGGGUGGGAGAUAUACAACAGCCUCCAAUUUCUGCUGAUCGGGAUUUCAGUGAGAAGAAGCUGCUUUCCCCUUCUCUCCACUCAGUUUCCUGCAUGACUUCAGCUAUUGGCUAUUCCUAGGAAAGAAAGUGGGAAAAGCUUUUUCUUCUGUAUUCUUUUGGGCUGGAUAGUUUUCCAGGACUCUAGUCUCUUUUGGGCUGUGUGACAAGCCACUGGGUUCUUCAAAGGAUAAACUGCUUUCCUACGGACAUACCCUCGGAUAAACGAGCAGUCUGCAGGUGGGAAUGAGAUCCCGAAACCAGGGUAGUGAAAGUUCAUCCAAUGGGCAUAUCUCCUGUCCCAAGUCCAUCAUCAGCAAUGCUGAUGAUAAAAGUCUCUCAGAAGAUACAAAAAAGAAGAACAAAUCAAAUAGAAAAGAGGAUGAUGUCAUGGCCUCCGGAACUGUCAAACGACACCUAAAGCCAUCUGGAGAAAGUGAACGGAAGAAUAAGAAGUCCUUGGAGUUAUCCAAAGAAGACCUCAUCCAGCUACUUAGUAUCAUGGAAGGGGAGUUGCAGGCCAGGGAAGAUGUGAUCCACAUGCUGAAGACAGAGAAAACCAAGCCUGAGGUUCUGGAGGCUCAUUAUGGGUCUGCUGAGCCAGAGAAAGUGCUGCGGGUCCUGCACCGAGAUGCCAUCCUAGCCCAGGAGAAAUCUAUAGGAGAAGAUGUCUAUGAGAAACCGAUUUCAGAGUUGGACAGACUUGAGGAAAAACAGAAAGAAACCUAUCGGCGCAUGCUAGAGCAGCUGCUGCUGGCAGAGAAGUGUCACCGGCGCACAGUGUACGAGCUAGAGAAUGAGAAGCACAAGCACACCGACUACAUGAACAAGAGCGACGACUUCACCAACCUGCUGGAGCAGGAGCGGGAGAGAUUGAAAAAGCUUCUUGAACAGGAAAAGGCUUAUCAAGCCCGCAAAGAGAAGGAAAAUGCUAAGCGGCUCAAUAAACUAAGAGAUGAGCUUGUGAAACUCAAGUCCUUUGCACUCAUGCUGGUGGAUGAAAGGCAAAUGCAUAUUGAACAACUUGGCCUGCAAAGCCAGAAAGUACAGGAUCUUACUCAGAAACUAAGGGAAGAAGAAGAAAAGCUGAAAGCCAUUACUUCCAAAUCCAAAGAAGACAGGCAGAAACUGCUCAAGUUAGAAGUGGAUUUUGAACACAAGGCUUCCAGGUUUUCUCAAGAGCAUGAGGAGAUGAAUGCUAAGUUGGCUAAUCAAGAGUCUCAUAACAGGCAAUUGAGACUCAAGCUGGUUGGCUUAACUCAAAGAAUCGAGGAGCUAGAAGAAACCAACAAAAAUCUUCAAAAAGCAGAGGAAGAACUUCAGGAAUUAAGAGAUAAAAUUGCCAAGGGAGAAUGUGGCAAUUCCAGUCUAAUGGCUGAAGUGGAAAAUCUUCGGAAGCGUGUGCUUGAAAUGGAGGGGAAAGAUGAGGAGAUCACCAAAACUGAGUCCCAGUGCAGAGAAUUGAGGAAGAAGCUGCAGGAAGAAGAACACCAUAGUCGGGAGCUCAAACUUGAGGUCGAGAAGUUACAAAAGAGAAUGUCUGAGCUGGAGAAAUUAGAAGAAGCAUUUAGCAAGAGUAAAUCUGAAUGCACCCAGCUACAUUUAAAUUUGGAGAAAGAAAAGAACUUAACUAAGGACCUGUUGAAUGAGUUGGAGGUAGUCAAAAGUCGAGUUAAAGAGCUGGAAUGUUCUGAAAGCAGAUUGGAAAAAGCUGAGUUAAGCCUAAAAGAUGACCUUACAAAAUUGAAGUCAUUUACUGUAAUGCUGGUUGAUGAAAGAAAAAAUAUGAUGGAAAAAAUAAAGCAAGAAGAGAGAAAAGUGGAUGGACUCAAUAAAAAUUUUAAGGUGGAACAAGGGAAGGUUAUGGAUGUAACUGAAAAACUAAUUGAAGAAAGUAAGAAGCUUUUAAAACUGAAGUCUGAAAUGGAGGAAAGAGUAUACAAUUUGACAAAAGAGAGAGAUGAGUUAGUUGGCAAAUUAAAAAGUGAAGAAGAAAAGUCCUCUGAAUUAAGCUGCAGUGUUAGCUUAUUAAAAAAGAGACUUGAUGGGAUAGAAGAAGUAGAAAGAGAAAUAACAAGAGGAAGAUCUCGAAAAGGAUCUGAGCUUACCUGCCCAGAAGAUAACAAGAUUAAGGAACUAACACUUGAGAUUGAAAGACUAAAGAAACGUCUCCAACAAUUGGAGGUAGUUGAAGGGGAUUUGAUGAAGACAGAGGAUGAGUAUGACCAGCUGGAGCAGAAAUUUAGAACUGAGCAGGAUAAGGCCAACUUUCUAUCUCAACAACUGGAGGAGAUAAAGCACCAGAUCGCCAAGAAUAAAGCAAUUGAGAAAGGUGAGGCUGUGAGCCAGGAAGCUGAGCUAAGACACAGAUUUCGGCUAGAAGAAGCUAAGAGUCGGGACUUAAAGGCUGAAGUACAAGCUCUUAAAGAGAAGAUUCAUGAAUUAAUGAACAAAGAAGAUCAGCUGUCUCAACUCCAAGUGGAUUAUUCUGUUCUUCAACAAAGAUUUAUGGAAGAAGAAAAUAAGAACAAAAACAUGGGGCAAGAGGUCCUCAAUCUGACCAAAGAAUUGGAACUUUCUAAGCGUUACAGCAGAGCCCUCAGGCCCAGUGUGAAUGGGAGAAGAAUGGUGGAUAUUCCUGUGACGUCGACCGGAGUACAGACUGAUGUAGUCAGCCAUGAGGCAGCAGAGGAAGAAACACCAGCAGUAUUUAUACGGAAAUCCUUUCAAGAAGAAAAUCAUAUCAUGAGUAAUCUUCGACAGGUGGGACUGAAAAAACCUAUGGAACGAACCUCUGUUCUAGACAGGUACCCACCAGCAGCAAAUGAGCUCACUAUGAGAAAGUCUUGGAUUCCAUGGAUGAGAAAAAGGGAAAAUGGGCCCCCAAUUACUCAAGAUAAAGGGACUCGAACAAAUUCCAGUCCAGGGCACCCAGGAGAGCUGGUCCUGUCUCCAAAGCAGGGCCAGCCCCUGCAUAUUCGAGUGACACCAGACCAUGAAAAUAGUACUGCGACACUGGAGAUAACUAGCCCGACAUCUGAAGAAUUCUUUUCCAGUACCACUGUCAUUCCUACCUUAGGGAAUCAGAAACCAAGGAUCACAAUUAUUCCAUCACCAAAUGUUAUGUCUCAAAAACAAAAAGGAGGAGAUAGUGCUCUUGGCACAGAACGAGCCAUGUCCCCAGUCACGAUCACUACUUUUUCCAGAGAGAAGACCCCAGAAAGUGGAAGAGGUGUGUUUGCAGACAGGCCCACCUCCCCCAUUCAGAUUAUGACAGUGUCGACAUCAGCAGCGCCAGCUGAGAUUGCAGUGUCUCCCGAGUCCCAGGAACUGCCCGUGGGGCGGACUGUCUUCAAAGUCACCCCAGAAAAGCAGACUGCCCCAACUCCAGUACGGAAAUACAACUCCAACGCCAAUAUCAUCACCACGGAAGACAAUAAAAUUCAUAUUCACCUAGGUUCUCAGUUUAAACGAUCCCCUGGGACUUCAGCUGAAGGAACUAGUCCUGUUAUUACUGUCCGACCUGUCAACGUGACAGCUGAAAAGGAGGUUUCCACUGGCACCGUCCUUCGUGCUCCCAGGAACCAUCUCUCCUCUAGACCUGGUGCGAGCAAAGUGACGAGUACUAUCACCAUAACACCGGUUACAACCUCAUCUUCCCGAGGAACCCAGUCAUUGUCAGGACAAGAUGGGUCAUCCCAGCGGCCUACACCCACCCGCAUUCCCAUGUCAAAAGAAAGCAUCAUCAUUCACCAGUUACGUAUGAACUCCAGAUGAAAUGGUAAAGCAAGCACAUACUGGCUGUGUGUACGUCCUCUGAAUCUCUGUUGAAUGGAUAGUAUUUCUGCAGCCCUCGGUCAGCACUAAAGUCCUCCGUGCCACCCACUGCUUACUACUGGAAAUACUUUGCUACUUCCAGUGAUUUUUUUGGGGGGGCAGGGAAUGUAAUGUAAUAGAUGAAAAUGGUGUUGAUUAUAUGAAUAUUGAUAGCAAAAACAAUUCAUUCAAUCUUGGUGUCAAAAGGAAUUUCUCUUCCUUUUGCAAUGCUUUCAGGUCCGUGGGCACAUGCUAUGUAAUUUAUUUUUAUAAUACACUUUGCAACGUGAUUUUUUUUCCCAAAGUGUUUCUUUUUUCAUUGUCUAUGGCACAUAUAUCUAUAGGCUCUACAGUUCGUUCUUUAAAAUAUGGGUAUUGAUAACCUAUAAUUAUUCUCUUGUAUCAGUUUGUUACUUCUGAAAAGAAAGUAUAACCCUCUUAUAUAUCCUGCUCUAACUAGGAGCUUAAUUUUAAAUAUUUAAUGACAGUUCUGUGCUCAAAUGCCUGUAUGAACUGAUUUUUAUACUGAAUUUAAAAUUAAGGAUUAUAGAAAUAUCUUUUACUGUUUAAUUAUAGUUGUUUGCAUUAGUUUCUUAUAUCUACAGGACUGUUAUAACAAGAUGUUUCUCACAAUCUAAACAAAUGAGAGCCUGAAAAUAAAAAUGCUACGUGCUGUUAGCAUCUUAUUAAAAAAUAGUAAGAUAAAGACUCUCCCUGGUGG